CCUAAAUUCAGUUUAUAAGAGGAACACAAAGUCGCGCUGUACUCAUCUGUCCUGAGCCCGCUAAAAUCACAUCUGAAAUGUUGAAGUUUUCUGUUCUGUUAAUGUCACUGCUGGUUGUUUGUGAUCAAUCUUUAGGCUUAAGGUCUUACCGGUCACGACUGCAGGUUCAAAAUGGGAUGUACUGGGGUACAUGGGGUCAGAGAGAAAUGUGUCCAGCUGGGAUGUAUGCUGCAGGGUUUAGUCUAAAGGUGGAAGAGCCGGGUGGGUAUACAAUGUUUGGUGAUGAAACGGCUGUCAAUGGAAUUCGUCUUCACUGCACCAAAGAUUUUUCAGGCCCACAUAAGAGCAACGUCACAGUUGAGUCCAACACCGGGAGCUGGGGUGAAUGGUCAGAUAUUAAAUGGUGCUCGCAAGGAUUUUUGACAUCUUUUCAGCUCAAAGUUGAACCCUAUCAAAGCAGCUGGGAUGACACAGCAGUGAACAAUAUCAGGUUUAUCUGCAGUACUGGUAAUACUCCGGAGGGAUCAGGAACGCCCUGGGGUGACUGGGGUGACUGGAGCAACAAAUGUCAAGGAAAAGGAGUCUGUGGGAUUAAGACGAGGGUGGAGGAGCCACAGGGGAUGGGUGAUGACACAGCCCUCAAUGAUGUGCACAUGUAUUGCUGCGAUUAGAGACAUUUACUGCAAACACUUUGUCUCAAGAAAGGACAUUAUAGGUCAGGACCAUGAUGAUAGAAAUAAAUAUUAAGCAGCACAUAUAUCGAAAAGAUAGAAAUAUUCAUAGAAAAAAUAAAAACUGAUUCUUGGUCUGACUGAAAUUAUACUGUAAUGUCUGAAUACAGCUGUGUGUCCUGCUUGUUUUUCUAAGCUCAUUUAAAUCACAUUUCAUAUUUAAUAACAAAACACACACUAUAUGCAUGCUUAGAUUGACGGCUGGCCCAUCCAUUCAAAAGAGACACAAAAUAUUUAUGCAUAAAUUAUAAUAAUCUCUUACAUAGCCUAAUAAUUAUUCAAAUAUGCAUCAUUCAGAAACUAUUAUAGAGAGUUUGUCAUUUGCAUGUGUUUUUAAACUAUUUUAACAUUCAAGCCAUUUUUAAACAAUUUGACUGCAAUAAGAAGUUUUAGUGAGCUGUUUUCUGUCCACACAGACGCACACACUUAUUAGCACACAUACAUGCAAAAUUAUCUCGAAAAACCACAGUUUUGGCAUGUAUUCUAAUAAAAACUAUGUAUUAAAGUGAACACAAACAGUUCAGAAAGAAAUCAGAUGUGUAUCAUUAUGUUAAUAAAACAACAGAAGACAAAAAG